AUGGGGUUCCUAAAAGUGAUAUUCAUCAUAGCAAUAACCAUGGCUUUGUCCAUCACACUCACAAUGAAAAGCAUAACCCAAGAGGAAACAAAACCAACUUUUGUGCACCAUGAUUUACCCUCACAUGAGCAACAACCCUUGAUUCUACCAUUAUCCCAUCAUCAAAAAAAUGUGCUUCUUCCUCCUAAGAGGGUGAAUCGCUUCCUGGCUCAAAUUAAAAAUCCAAACGCUGCCGAUCAUUGCCACAAGGACAAUGAGAUUUGCUCCUUAAUCGGUGUCAAGAACUCCACAUGCUGCAACAACAAAUGCAUUGAUGUGGGGUAUGAUAAACAUAACUGUGGUGCAUGCAAGAAGAAAUGCAAGUUCACUGAGAUAUGUUGUAGAGGCCAAUGUGUUGAUAUCAACUUUGACAAGAGGCAUUGUGGAGCUUGUAACCACCGGUGUGAACGAAGUCAAUAUUGUAUCUAUGGAUUCUGCGAUUAUGCAUAA